GUGUACACAAUGCUGCCCUCCAUCUAAUUCAAUCCCACGAAACCCCCUGGAAACUUUUCGGCUUUUGACAGAAAACCAGAACUAGGCCGCCAGCAUUAUUGCUAACGACCUUAUAUAUAGAGCCAAUCCCAAUUUUCUUGCAGCACCCUCUCCCUUAGCCUGGCACUGGCUUUUUUUCUUCGUUUGGUCCAAAUACACAGCCUGUUAAAAAAAGGAUAUAUCCUUCUUUUCCCCGAUAAAUAUUCUAGAGUUUCUUCGUUUUGAACAGGGAAAACCCCAUUUUCUUUGUUUGUUCAUUCUUUCAUUUGAGCUCCGGAACUUGAAAGUUUUCAUUUGUUUUGGUGGGUGUUGGCAUUUCUUUCGGUGAUGGACGGUGGGGAUAUAUACAGAGCGAGUAGCAGUUUGCGGGGAAGUUUACGAGCAGGUAGUUCUUCGAUAUGGAGAAGCAAUGCUGUGGAAGCUUUUUCGAGGUCUUCCCGAGACGAGGAUGAUGAAGAAGCUUUAAAAUGGGCUGCACUUGAGAAACUGCCUACCGUUGCUCGUCUCAGGAAAGGUAUAUUGACUAGCUCUCAAGGUGCUGCCAAUGAAAUUGAUGUUCAUGACCUUGGAUGGCAAGACAGGAGGACUCUGCUUGAGAGGUUGGUCAAAGUUGCAGAGGAAGAUAAUGAGAAGUUCUUGUUGAAGCUCAAGAACCGUAUUGAUAGGGUUGGCAUCGAUCUUCCCACAAUCGAAGUCCGAUUCGAACAUCUAAAUAUUGACGCUGAAGCUUUUGUAGGAAGCAGAGCAUUGCCUACCGUUCUUAAUUUCACUGCUAGAAUAUUUGAGGGCUUCUUGAAUGACGUGGGUAUUCUUUCUAGUAGAAAGAAACACUUGACCAUCCUCAAAGAUGUCAGUGGCAUCAUUAAGCCGGGCAGGUUGACAUUACUUUUGGGUCCUCCAAGUUCUGGAAAGACCACUCUCCUGUUGGCUUUAGCUGGGAAGCUUGAUCCUGCCCUCAAGUGUUCGGGGAGAGUUGCUUACAAUGGGCAUGGCAUGCAUGAGUUUGUGCCCGAAAGAACAGCUGCCUACAUCAGUCAACAUGAUCUUCACAUAGGCGAAAUGACUGUGAGGGAAACUUUGGCCUUUUCUGCCAGAUGCCAAGGGGUUGGAGAUCGUUAUGAGAUGUUAGCAGAGUUGUCAAGAAGGGAGAAACAAGCAAACAUUAAACCUGAUCCUGAUAUUGAUGUCUUCAUGAAGGCAGUAGCAACAGAAGGUCAGGAAGCAAAUGUAAUUACCGAUUAUAUUCUAAAGAUUUUAGGACUGGAAGUAUGUGCUGACACAAUGGUGGGAGAUGAAAUGUUAAGGGGCAUCUCCGGAGGACAAAGGAAGCGUGUCACAACAGGUGAAAUGCUGGUCGGACCAGCAAAGGCACUGUUUAUGGAUGAGAUAUCUACCGGUCUGGACAGUUCAACAACUUUCCAAAUUGUGAACUCGCUUAAGCAAACUGUUCACAUCCUUAAUGGAACUGCAGUCAUCUCGCUUCUGCAGCCAGCUCCAGAGACUUAUGAUCUUUUCGAUGACAUUAUUCUCCUUUCUGAUGGUCGAGUUGUAUAUCAGGGUCCUCGUGAACAUGUGCUGAGCUUUUUUGAAUCUACGGGCUUCAGGUGUCCUGAGAGAAAAGGCGUGGCUGACUUCUUGCAAGAA